AUGCUUACCCUGUUAUCCAUUCUCAUAGUGGCCAUGAUCCCAUCCGGUUUCUUCAACUGGAAAUCGCCACGGGCUGACUCUACUGAUCCUCAGCCAACUGCAGCUUUAGCCAAAUCGCCUGCGGCGUGCUUCUUCAACCUGGCUUGUGGAGAGCAACUCUAUCGAGAGAGUUUCAGGAGGAAUUGCACAGAAUUUUGUUACAAAUUUUCCAAUGAAUCAGAACAACAGUCAAACUGUCUACGAGAUUUCCCCUCUUAUCUCGAUGGCUUCGAUUGCCGUCGGUUGGGGAAAUCGUCUGCAUUGCAAGAAAUGAUUAUCUCAACAGUCCUACUCCUCUUCGGGUUUGCUUCGAGGGCAGUCAAACUGUCAGGUCGUGCUUCUAGCACAAUCUAUCGGAGGUUCACCUUGCCAGUAAGCAACUACGCGCUUGACUGCUUCACGAAGCUGGAAAAUUUGGUUCCAAACCAUGAGAGACAGGCCAGUAGAAGACAGUACCUCGAUCAAAUCAUCUCUGAUGCAUGGCGGCAUUUGGUGGUGAGACCUGUACUUGCGACUCUUCUAGUCGUGUCGGCAAAUUUCGAGCUUUUCAAUUCCAUGCUCGGAGAACUUAGCUGGUUACUAGCAAUUCUUCUCUGGGGAACCUCCAAAGUUCUGACAGCAUAUAACGACGAGCAAUGGUAUACUCGAGAGGAAGAGGGAAAAAAGCCCAGCACAAGAUGGGAGUUCGGCCAGCUUCUGCCUGUUCUGCUCCUGGCUGCGCCCCUCGUUGCCCUGCUCGGAACCUUCACUUCGGCUGAGAUGACCGCUGGAGCAAACCUAUCAGUUGGACGACCCGAGGUAUCAAAUACAGUGCUUGAGAAUACUUCCAGUGGACAUAGACAUCGUCGACAUUCUCAAGAAGACACCUUGGAAUUGACAAGUAUGGCGACGCGCGAUAGGGAAAUGGCUGCCCAAAGACAGAAUCACCAUGAGCCGAGCCGUACUGACGCAACAAAUAUCGAGGCAUCGACUAAUCAGAACCGACGUAUCAAUGGCCGAAAUAUUUUAUUGGGAAACUAUUACAUCGAGACUGAUUGGAUGCCGCCUUGCAUGACUUCUAGCUUCAUGACGAUUUGGACACAUGUCUUCUUCCUGUUUUGGUUUGCCACCGAUGCUUUCCUGGUUCCUGGAAUUUGGACUUAUACAUCGGAAGGAAAAUACAUUCUAGAGACAGAUGGAAAAGUGGCAGGCGUUUUAGUCUACCUCUUCCAAAUCAAGGGUGGCAUGUUUUACUUGAUACUUGCUACCUAUCCUGUUGCAUGUCACUCUGUCAUCUUGACGGGGCUCGCAGUUGACGAGUGGUUCGAGACGCCGCAUAACACCACGCAUCGCACCAGCCGAAGAUUGAUGUAUUGGAUCUGGGCACUGGGAAUUAACUGCUCCUAUGUCAUAAGCAUUCAGUAUGUAGCUGGUGUACCAAGCAAGGGAUGGGGCGACGGACUAGCAGCCAUUCUCGUGCAAAUCAGCUUUGGAUUCUACGCACUUUACCAUGUUGUGGGCUUUUGCGUUCAAAUGCUUAAGGCAGUCCACAAAGUACUAUCCCCUUUACCUAACAGAGACCAGACUCCUCGCACCAUUCGUAUGUUUGAAAGAUUCGGCAUGGCAAAAGACUAUCAAGCGCUGAAUGAUGAGUCCAAGUAA